UCUCAACUCUAGCUGAGCGAGAGAAGAACUGCUAGGAGCCCUGUAGGAGGGUUUGAACGGUGACCGAGGACGCCCUGCCUCGAUAUUCUUGCCGUGGAAGGGACUUUCCGCAACGAUGACCGAACACGCAGUGAAUAAUAUAGACCAGUACGGGGAUGGAUACAUGGAACAAGAAGAAGAAUGGGAGCGAGAAGGACUUCUCGAUCCAGCAUGGGAAAAACAGCAGAAAAAGACGUUCACUGCGUGGUGCAACUCGCACCUGCGAAAGGCUGGCACUUCCAUCGAGAACAUCGAUGAGGACUUCCGCAACGGGCUGAAGCUGAUGCUGCUGCUCGAAGUCAUCUCGGGGGAGACGCUUCCCAAGCCGGACCGCGGCAAGAUGCGCUUCCACAAGAUCGCCAACGUCAACAAGGCGCUCGAUUUCAUCGCCAGCAAGGGCGUCAAGCUCGUCUCCAUCGGAGCUGAGGAAAUUGUGGACGGCAACCUGAAGAUGACGCUGGGUAUGAUCUGGACCAUCAUCCUGCGCUUCGCCAUCCAGGACAUCUCGGUGGAAGAGAUGACGGCCAAGGAGGGGUUGCUGCUGUGGUGCCAGCGCAAGACUGCGCCCUACAAGAACGUCAACGUGCAGAACUUCCACCUCAGCUUCAAAGAUGGUCUGGCCUUCUGCGCUCUGAUCCACCGUCACCGCCCCGACCUUAUUGACUACCACAAGCUGUCAAAGGACAACCCACUGGAGAACUUGAACACCGCGUUCGAUGUUGCUGAGAAGUACCUGGACAUACCUCGCAUGUUGGAUCCUGAUGAUCUCGUCAACACCGCGAUGCCAGACGAGCGUGCCGUCAUGACGUAUGUGUCGUCGUACUACCACUGCUUCUCCGGUGCUCAGAAGGCUGAGACAGCUGCAAACCGCAUCUGCAAGGUGCUGAAGGUCAACCAGGAGAAUGAACGCCUCAUGGAGGAGUAUGAGCGGCUUGCGAGUGAUUUGCUGGAAUGGAUUCGCCGAACGAUGCCGUGGCUGAACAGCCGGCAGACGGACAACUCACUGGCUGGUGUACAGAAGAAGUUGGAGGAGUACCGCACGUACCGCCGGAAGCACAAGCCACCCCGCGUCGAGCAGAAGGCCAAGCUGGAGACCAACUUUAACACCCUGCAGACCAAGCUGCGGCUGUCCAACCGGCCCGCCUACAUGCCCACUGAGGGCAAGAUGGUCUCUGAUAUUGCCAACGCAUGGAAAGGUCUGGAGACAGCCGAGAAAGCAUUUGAGGAAUGGUUGCUGUCUGAGAUGAUGAGGUUAGAGCGACUGGAGCACCUGGCACAGAAGUUCAAGCACAAAGCCGACAUCCACGAGGACUGGACCCGUGGCAAGGAGGAGAUGCUGCAGAGCCAGGACUUCCGGCAGUGCAAGCUGAACGAGCUGAAGGCCCUCAAGAAGAAGCACGAGGCGUUCGAGAGUGACCUCGCCGCACACCAGGACCGUGUGGAGCAGAUCGCAGCCAUCGCUCAGGAGCUCAACACCCUGGAGUACCACGACAGCGCCUCGGUGAACGCCCGCUGCCAGAGGAUCUGUGACCAGUGGGACCGCCUGGGCAGCCUAACCCAGCGCCGCCGACAGGCCCUCGACGAGGCAGAGCGCAUCCUGGAGAAGAUCGACAUCCUGCACCUGGAGUUUGCAAAGAGGGCUGCUCCAUUCAACAACUGGCUGGACGGCACCCGGGAGGACCUGGUGGACAUGUUCAUCGUGCACACGAUGGAGGAGAUACAGGGCCUGAUCGACGCUCACGGCCAGUUCAAGGCGACACUGGGUGAGGCGGACAAGGAGUAUACCGCGAUUGUCGGGCUGGUGCGAGAGGUUGAGGCGACGGUGCAGAAGUACCAGGUGCCGGGUGGUUUGGAGAACCCGUACACCACCCUCACUGCCAACGAUCUGACCAAGAAGUGGACAGAAGUGCGCCAACUUGUGCCCCAGCGAGACCAGACUCUGCAGAACGAGCUCCGUAAACAACAGAACAACGAGAUGGUACGCAGACAGUUUGCUGAGAAAGCAAACCAGGUUGGACCUUGGAUUGAGAGGCAACUUGAUGCUGUGACAGCUAUUGGAAUGGGUCUACAGGGCUCACUGGAAGACCAGCUGCACAGGCUGAAGGAGUAUGAACAGGGCGUGUACGCAUACAAGCCACACAUUGAGGAGCUGGAGAAGAUCCACCAGGCUGUGCAGGAGGGUAUGAUCUUCGAGAAUCGCUACACGCAGUACACGAUGGAGACGCUGCGUGUCGGCUGGGAGCAGCUGCUCACCUCCAUCAACCGCAACAUCAAUGAGGUGGAGAACCAGAUCCUCACCAGGGACUCCAAGGGCAUCACCCAGGAGCAACUCAAUGAGUUCCGCAGCAGCUUCAACCACUUCGACAAGAACCGCACUGGGCGCCUGACACCAGAGGAGUUCAAGUCUUGCUUGGUCAGCCUCGGCUACAGCAUUGGCAAGGACAGACAGGGUGACAUAGACUUCCAGCGUAUCCUGGCUGUGGUGGAUCCAAACAACACUGGAUACGUUCACUUUGAUGCUUUCUUGGACUUCAUGACACGCGAAACCACAGACACCGAUACUGCAGAGCAGGUCAUUGACUCAUUCCGCAUCCUUGCGGGUGACAAGCCUUACAUCCUGCCCGACGAGCUGCGGCGGGAGCUGCCCCCGGACCAGGCAGAGUACUGCAUCCACCGCAUGCCUCCCUACAAGGGCCCCAAUGCCGUGCCCGGCGCACUCGACUACAUGUCGUUUUCGACCGCACUGUACGGCGAGUCGGACCUCUAGGAGCCGUGCCCUCUCUACAGUUUCUCCCCACCCCUCGGAUGUACGGGCCGACGAGGCCGAACUGGCUGACACCGACACCGACGAGCGGUCUUGUGGAUGGACGCUGUCUCGCUGCUGCUUAGAUUUUCUCGGGUGCUGUGUAGCCCUGUGCCUGCCGUGUGCCUGAUACCGGCAUGUGCCGCGCUAUGGAGUUCCGUACUUGAAGUUACACUCAUUUCUCGCCCCCCCUCUUUGUGUACUACUACUACUACACACACAGGAUGGCAGAAUUGCUUUCGGUGCUGAUAAGAAAAAGGGUGCUAUAUGGGAGCUUCGCUAGUUUGCCGUUUGCAGUUGCUCUAUGUGCCACUGCAAAAUGUGAUUUUCGGAGAUUAUUUUCUCCUCAGAUAAGACGUGUAACAACAGAUGGCUUGUAAAACUUGAAAUUAUGCACCUAAGAGUUGACACCUGCACAUCCCAUAUUUCUGCUCUGUGCUGAGGGAUAUCUAGCCCUUGCAAUUCUAUUGCAGGCAAUGUUGCUUUUACAUUUGAUAAAAAAUACCAACGUCUGUAAGAUCUAGUUCUGCUCCUGUUCAUUUGUAAAUAGAUGCUUUGCCCACAAAAAAUGCACAAUAUUUGAAAGAAUGAGUGACGUUCUGUGAAAGCGGAAAAGUGGUGCUUGGGGGGGGGUGCGGGGGGAUUUUCCUUAUGCCGCAUUGUCGGAAUUUCACCUGUCGAUAGCACAGUGCUUAGAAAUCCCCAUCCUUGUGAACUGCUUUAGCUGACAUCUGUGAAGACCUCAGCAGCAAACUGUGGGGCAGUGUGAAAGUGAAAUUUCUACAGCGAACACUGGAUGGCCCGUGCAGCCGAUUUAUAAUUUUUUUUGUAAUGUGUAAUGCUAAAAGUAAAUGAGCUCAGCUUUCAGAAGAGAAAGGGAAGAAUCGCGUGUGGCCGCAGCACUAACAAAAAAAGACGACAUGUUUCUAUUUGGCUACAUUUUUGUGAAAUUUACUUUGUCUUCCCUCAGUGAGAUGCAAUCUUUUGUGAAAUAUCUAUAAUAUAUAGUUUCAAAGUAGAGCUUAUUUUUGAAAUUGUGUGGCAAAAGAAACAGAUAUAUAUUUAGGUAACUUUAUUGUGGUUAUACUAUUCUGCAGUUUACAAUAAGACUUUAUUGUUUUUGAAUUUCUUCUCUAGAAUUGGCAGUGCAAGUGAACACACGAAAUUACAUUCUUGAGAUUUGUGUAAUAAUACAUCAAUAUGACAGAUACUUUGUCUGUCCAGUUUGUAUUUGGGCUGUAGCAUACAGAUGAUUAUUUUGGAGUUUGGGUUCUCCAGUUUUUUCUUUCAAUAAGCACUAUUUAUUUGUUAAUGUUUAAUUUGUUAUAAGUUCCUUCUUAUAAAACUAUCAUUUUUUUCCUUGUUUUCACUGCUACUGAAUGAUGAAGCUCAUUUGAAUUCAGUACAGAAAAUGUUCUGAGCAGUGCCCAGUCAGUGGGCAGAAUGCCUCUGUGUGUAUAUAGUGUGUAUUCCUAAAAAUUUUAUGCACAAAAAUCUCUGAAAUACUGUCUCCUAUUAAUAGAGUGGAGAAUUUUAAACUAUUUUAAGCCAUGCAAUUGUGAAGGGCGCUUGCUGCCUUUUGUAAAUAACGAUAUUUCAGAAUCUGGUCACAAAAAGCGUCUCUUGUAAUUGCUUCGAUAAUACCUAUCUGUAUUCGCUGUUGUUGAUUGAGAUGCAUACUUUUUGUCAUCCGAACAGUGACUGAAAUCAAGUGUUGUACUAUUGUGGUACUGCUCAGAGGUUUGUUAGUACAAUGCAAGCUAGAGAUUCUAUUAAACAUAUCAGACUGAUGUAAUUCUGAAACUGGGACGGCCCUUCACACAAUUAAGUUUUGUAUUCAUUUACUGUCGGGGCCCUUUUGACAAAUAUUCUGUGGCAAAGUUUAUGUUAAUGCCUCUAAACUAAGUGGAAAAGAUCAUUUUAUUUAUAAGAUUGCUCUAAAAAUAUAUGAAAGAUUUAUUUUAUAUUUAUUUCUUCUUUCAUUUGAACAGUAAUAUUUUUCAGAAGGGUCCGGGCUCAAACAAACUUUACCAUCACCAAAACUGCGUGCUAAAACAGCCUUCCACGGCAUGAUAUUUUAUAUAUUUAUAUUUAUUUAUUUUUUUUUCCUUCCGUAAGGAACAACGAACGGCCAUUGAGAGCAAGUUUGCGACUGCAAUGGCAACGAAUCGAAAGGAUAACCAUGGUUAUUGUAUAAAUUUUGAACUCAUUGACAACUGUCAUAUAUGUACCUUUCACAACAAAAAUAUGUACAUAUACAAAUGGAAAUAAAGCAAGAAAUGAUUUUCAA